AUGGCUCUGGACAAGAGUGACGUGGCAACACUCGGCCUACCGUCUACCACAAGCCAUGGGGGCUCAGACAGCAACAUCAGUGCGGACGGAGCCGGGGUGUCAGCGUCUGGGGUCGCGGCAGGAGGAGCAGAGGGUUCAGUCGCCGCCGAGCCGCAGCGGACGCGCGCCGCUCUGGAGCACCUGCAGCAGAAGGUCCUAAAGGUCACCGAGCAGAUCCGCGUGGAGCAGGAGGCCCGUGACGACAACGUGGCCGAGUACCUGAAGUUGGCCCACAACGCUGACAAACAGCAGGCGUCCAGGAUCAAACAGGUGUUUGAGAAGAAGAACCAGAAGUCGGCACAGACCAUCGCACACUUGCACAAGAAACUAGAGCACUAUCACAAGAAGCUCAAGGAGAUAGAACAAAACGGACCCGCCCGGCAGCCUAAGGAUGUCCUGCGGGACAUGCAACAGGGACUGAAGGACGUGGGGGCCAACGUUCGUGCUGGGAUCAGUGGUUUUGGAGGGGGUGUCGUAGAAGGAGUCAAAGGUGGCGUCUCUGCCUUCAGUCACACAGCCGUGGUAUCCAAGCCCAGAGAGUUUGCCAGUCUUAUAAGGAACAAGUUUGGCAGCGCGGAUAACAUCGCUCACCUCAAGGACAGUCUCGAGGACGGGGGCCAUUCCGAAGACACCCCAACACCCCGGGCGCUGAGUGGAAGUGCCACCCUGGUCUCCAGCCCCAAGUACGGAAGCGACGACGAGUGCUCCAGCGCCACGUCCGGCUCGGGUGUGUGCAGUAAUUCUGGUGGAGCCGGGGGAGGAGGGGGAGGCGGCCUGUUAGGACCAACCAUGGGGAGUCCCAGGCUGGACGGGCACCAUCACCACCAUCACAUGCACAGCUCCUGGGACUCUCUGCUCGAGGGCCUGCAGGAAAUCAAAGCCGGCCAGGCGCACAUGGAGGACACCAUCGAGGACAUGAAGGGCCAGCUGCAGAGCGACUACUCCUACAUGACCCAGUGCCUGCAAGAGGAGAGAUACAGGUACGAGCGACUUGAGGAGCAGCUGAAUGACUUGACAGAGCUGCACCAGAAUGAGAUGACCAACCUCAAACAGGAGCUCGCCAGCAUGGAGGAGAAAGUGGCCUACCAGUCGUACGAGAGAGCAAGAGACAUCCAGGAGGCCGUGGAGUCGUGCCUGACCCGCAUCACCAAGCUUGAGCUGCAGCAGCAGCAGCAGCAGGUGGUCCAGCUGGAGGGAGUGGAGAACGCCAAUGCCCGAGCUCUGCUGGGCAAGCUCAUCAACGUCAUCCUGGCGCUCAUGGCCGUGCUGCUGGUCUUCGUCUCCACGCUGGCCAACUUCAUCACCCCGCUGAUGAAGACCCGCACCCGGGUGGCCACCACCGUGCUGCUGACGCUGCUGCUGUUCGUCCUGUGGAAGCAGUGGGACUUUGUGGAGCCGUGGCUGCUGCCCAGCUGA